GUGUUUAGUUUCCUGAUCAGCUGUCUUGAUCUGUCUGUCUGAAUGUCACAAAUAACAAUAGUUACAAUAUUGUAUAUCAUUCACAGUGAGGUCCAAAAGUCUGAGGCCACUAGUGAAAAUGCUUGUAUAUGCAUUCUUUACUAGUUUGAGAAUUUAAAUAAGUCAUUUCAAAAUUCAGCAUAGAAUUUAAUUGGAAAGUUAAAUUUGUUGUAACAUCAUUCUUUUGCUUUGAUAAAGUUGUCUUAUUUAUUGUUAGACCAUCAAAAUUAAAAACAUGUAUGCUAGACCCCACAUGCACUAAGCUACUGAAAGAGGUGUUUUCUGGAGUUUUGGAACCUCUUCUCAAUAUUAUUAACUCCUUAUCUUCAGGACAUGUAUCAAUAACUUUUAAGAUGGCAGUAAUCAAACUGGUGAAUUGGUUAAUUGUGUAGACCCAUCUCAAAAAUACUAAAAAGGCUGUAUCCUCCCAACUAUGCUUUUAUUUUGCAGAGAAACUGUAUUUAUGAAGAUUUUCAGUCAGGUCUUAGGCCCAUCAUUGAAUGGAGCCUGCACUUAGAAAUUAUUUACUCUUAUCAUAUGACCUCAGCUGUAUCUCCCUUCCAAUAUUAGACCUUUGUGCUAACGUUGUCACCAUAGAUCAUGACAUUCUCUUGGAAAGGCUUGUGAAUUACGUUGGCAUUUGUGGACAGAAAUAAAUAUGUUUAGACUCAAUUUAUCUGAAUGCUACUACUUUCUUUGCAUAAGGAGAACUGUCAGAUCAAAAACAAGUUAAUUAUGGCGUGGCGCAAGGCUCUGUAUUAGGUCCUCUGCUGUUCUCACUGUACAUGCUUGCCUUGGAAGACAUUAUCAGGAAACAUGGAUUUUUUUUUAUUUUUUAUUGUUAUGCAGAUGACACUCAGCUUUAUAUUUUCUCUAAUAACCACAGUUAUUGUAACUUGUAAAAUCAUAAUACAUUCAAAUGGGAUUAAUACAGGAUUUCCUUCAAACAGUGUUAGAAUCUUUCAGAUUUCUUUUUUGAUGACAGUGCAACAAUAUGUUACCACAGUUUUAAUGCAUUGACAAAUUCUGUGGUGACAAUGAUAAUUUGGAGGAAAUUUGGAUACCAUGGCAUAUUUUUGCAAGGAUAGUUCAUUCAAAAUCAGCUUCUUUUUUUUCUUUUUUCUUUUUUACUUGAGCCACUCUUAGUUCAUUAAAAAAUAUAACUGGUAUCUAUUUACCCUUGUAAAAAAAACUAAAAAAAAAACUUGCUAUACUUGUUAUUACACAGGAAGUGAGAUACAGUUUUGUGUAAAAGUUGAGGCAUCUCAUAGUGAAAUGUAUUAUAAUGGUGACAACUUUGGCUAACCUGUGAAACCGAAUGACUGAACUUAACUGUAGUUUUAUUAACACUUUAUAACUAAAGGUUAUUGCCCUGAUGAAGGCAGAUUGUCUACCAAUACGCAUUGGCUUUUUAAUGUUUUUUGCUUAAUAAAAUAAUAUAAUGUUUUUUAGUUUUUUUUAAGUGCCUCGUUUUCUAUAAUUUGAUGUUGUUGGCAGCCCCACUCAGCAAUAAGCACCUCUCAAAAUUGGAUUCUUUUUGGAUAUCUUUUUUUUAAGCCAAAAUAUUAGUCUUCCUUUUGGCUUCUUAUAAAGGUUAUUCUGAAUAAAUUGAUUGACUAGUCUACAGUAUACAGUAUAUGACAUAUGUUUUCAAUAGCUUUUGUGGUUUAGCUCUUGUGUUUGAUUUGUAUCCAUAGCUGAAUGCUUAAUUUGUCAAAUACAGAGACACUGACAAAGUGUAUGCAAAGAAUGGUAAUAUAUUUUAGAAGUUGAUUAAUGGCGAUAGUUUUUCACACAUUUCCCCUCAUAUUGACUGUUGUGUACUAUAUAUGUUGUAUAGAUAGAUAAAUUAAUAGCUCUUUUAUUUUUUAGAAACACGUAAAAUUCCUGUCACUCGCUUAAACGUACUAAAGGGGUUAGAGAAGUCAAUCAAGAUGCUUUAUUAGAUUAUGAUUUUCAUAAUUUAGGAGCGAUAUCAGCAUCUGCAGAGCAGAAAUAAAGGAAGCAAAAAAGAGAAAUAGAAGUGGUCUUAUAAGAAUAAAAUGAAAAGUGUGUAAAGGUGAUGAUUCAAUUGCAAAUAACUAAAUGGAGUUGUGAAGUAUUUCAGCUGGUCUUGGCUUCUUUGAAAAGGCAACAAGACAUAAAAUAACACAUGCCUCACAUGAUGCACUGGAGGAACCCUCUGGAGAUCAACCAGACAGCCUUUAAAAGAGCUUCAAAUAUCAUAUUUAUGCAUUCAAGGAACUUCAAGAUACACUGACUGGCCAGUGUUAUGAUCUGGGGUUGCUUCAAUUGGUCAGGUAGGGUCAGCAACAUUAUGCGGCAAUAAAAUGAAGUCAGCUGACUACCUGAAUGUACUGGAUUUUUCUUCCCUGAUUACAUGGGCAUAUUCCAGGAUGACAAUGUCAUGAUUCAUUGGGCUCAAAUUGUGAAAGAGUGGUUCAGGGAGAGUGAGGAAUCAUUUUCACAUUAAUUGGCCACCACAGAUUCCUGACCUUAACCCCAUUGAAAGUCUUUGGGAUGUGCUGGAGAAGACUUUAUGGAGUGGUUUGACUCUCCCGUCAUCAAUACAAGAUCUCGGCCAAAAAUUAAUGAACUUUGGAUGGAAAUAAAUGUUGUGACGUUGCAUAAGGUUGAUGAAACUAUGCCAUGAUGAAUGCGCGCCGUAAUCAAAGCUAAAGGCAGUCAAACGAAAUAUUAGAGUAUGCAACCUUUUUUUUUGGCCAGGCAGUGUAUAUUUCAAGAGACUUGAAGCCUUUCCCUUAUGUUGGGGUUACUGAGGGAACCAUUAUCAGUCUGCAAAAACAAACGCUAGACAAAUUUCUGUGGUUUCCUCUUGCUUGUCUGUAAUAUGGAAACAAUAUUUGUUUUGAGGAGGAGGCUAAAGUUUCUAAGUGCUCUCACCUCCUCCUCAUUAUCUUUAAUAGGUUCUGCACCCCCCCCCCAAUUUUGAUUUAACAAGGUGUCUGUGUAAAACUGUUUAGAGUUUUGUGGCUAAAUUAUGUGUUUUGCAGAAUUCUAUUGAUUGCCCCUCUAGGCUUGUAGCCUUCUCCACCCCACCGCCCCUCCUCCUGUGUGCAUUUGUGCACAACUGUUUGUUACAGCUGUCGUGUUGUUGCCAUGGUAACAGUGUUUGUUGGUGUAUGUGGGUUAUUAUGAGGUUCAGUAAUGUCUUAGUCUCAGACUGUGGCCUUAUCUGUUUCCACUGAACUGAUGGGUCCCUCCAAUAAAGCAUAAACCAACUGCAUACAAAGUGCACAGGGAAAAUGUGUGAAAACAGACAAAUCAAUUACUUUUCUUGACGUAUUUUAUGCAAAACAUUCGUUUUUUUUUUUUUGUUGUUGUUGUUGUUUUUUUUUUCAUAAAUCAACAGGAAUGGACCCAACAACUGAAGUGCGCUGAGCACACCUGGACACACAUUUUCCCAGCACAUUCUGGGAUGGAGAGAAACUCUCAUAUUCCAUGGCAGGAAUGCCGCUACCUGGAUCUAAAGUCGAAUGCUCAAAAACAAGAGACUAACAAAAGGAUGGAGGAUCCCAGUUGGUUAUGCAAGCACAAGACGUUGCUGCAACGGUUUUUGUCCACCUCCACCUUAGUAAAUGUGGUCCAUCACAUGAGAAAAUCAGACAAACUCAGUGUGCAGGAAGUGGGGCUUAUCCAGGAAAUGGGUUCUUUGAAGGAUAAAGUGCAUUCACUGGUCGAGUUCCUGUCUGUCACGGAUCCGCAAGGUGCCACCCUUCAGGCAUACCUUCAGAAAUGUUACCCUACAGAGUAUAACCUUAUAACUGUACAUGACUCUGUGGUUCAGCAGAAUAAAGACGCUCUCCUUCAGCGACUUAACGAAGAAAGUGUAAAUUCUUCGUACCAGGGUGUUGGUAACUCAUAUGGCUCUACGCUCCUCCUCAUAGAGAGCGUUUCUGACCUACAGCAACGAGAACAUGACCUCGUACAAGUGUCUGUAAACAGAGGGGCGGGGCCUCUUCACGGCCGAGCACUGGGAUUGGACAAGCUGAUUGCACCUUUGACAAGGGUUAGCACCACGCCACGAGUGACACUGACAGUGGGCGUGGCCGGUAGCGGGAAGAGCCGAUUGGUCCACCGUUUUGUCCGCAUCUGGAGUGGUGGGCAGAUCUAUCCUGACCUGAGUCUCGUAAUCCCUAUUGUUUGCUGGGAGUUGAACAAUUAUGACCGCUUAUCGGUUGAACGCUUGCUACGAUUGUUUGUUACAUACGAUAACGUGGAUGUAAUUAUUUGUAACGAAGCCUGCAAAGUGUUACUCAUCUUUGACGGAUUGGAAGAAUUCCGUCAGCCUCUUGAUUUUGCCGAUGCCCCGUCCAAUAGCGACCCUCGGCGGGAAAUUCCCGUGUCGGACCUCAUUACAAAUAUCAUUCGUGGUAACCUUUUGCCAGGGGCAAAUCUUUGGCUUUUGUCAAGACCUGGCGUUGGGGCAAAAGUGCCGGCCGGAUUGGUCGAUCGUGUGACGGAAGUCCCGCCUCUAUCGCAAAUGCAAAUAAAGGAUUACGUUAAUCACUAUAUUACGAACACACUGGAUGUGUACUCUUUACCGCAAGACAACUCAAAGUCAAGAACAUCGAGUCAAAGCGAUUCCCACACCUACAUACCAGAAGAUGUCUCCUCCCAGGUGUGGGCAUACCUGAAUUCCCAGAAACCAUUGCUUAUUUUGUGUACUGUACCCGCUGUCUGCCAUAUUAUCAUAACAACACUGUCUCGCCUUCUGAAGGCGGAAACAGAUGCAACGUCCCUUCCUCGAACACUAACAGAGGUCUACGCCCACUUUUGUUGGCCACACCUCUCCGGUUCUGAUUCAAGUGGCAGUAUCAGGAAGCCAUUGAGUUCUCUGGGUCGUUUGGCUUUCUAUAGCAUGUUACGUCGACGGCAUACGUUCAGCGAAGCUGAAUUGCGAACUUACGGUUUUGAUGUCCCACCUCAGGUAGGGACUCUUGGCUACCAAAUUCUGAGGCGCAAGCGAAGCUGGUCGUCCGAUAACGUGGCGUGGCAGUUCAAGCACCCUUCUGUGCAGGAAUUCCUGGGAGCGCUGUUUUAUUACGUUUCUUCGAGGCGUGGAAUGUUCGAUCUGUUCUCAGAAAGUGGCGUCUCCUGGCCACGUAUUGGUUUCCAUAGCCACUACCGUGCUGCACUUCAGAAAACCAACCAGUCAGACGUUGCAGCCCAGGGCAACCUCGACCUCUUCAUGCGAUUUCUGUCAGGACUGUUGUCACCAACGACAAGUGCUUUGUUGGGUGGUCCACUGGGCAUUGGACGUGAGGAGCAGGUGACCCAGCGCACCACAGCGACAAGCUUGCUUCAGAAUGCAAUCACCAAUACAGGAGGAGACGCUGUCAGUAUGCGCAGUGUCACCAUGGUUACAUGUCUGGCGGAGUUGCAGCAGGGGGAGUGGCUAAGGUCAGUGGAGGAGGAUCUUAUUAACUGCGGUCUGCGGGGAAAGCUAAAGGACGGAGUUUGUGCUGUGCUUGCAUACUUGUUGCAGGUAUCAGAUGCAUGUACCGACGAGACGCAACUGUCCAAUUGCCUAGAAUCCUCCUCCCUGAAAAGGCUCCUCCCACAGCUCCUGUACUGCAGUAAGCUAAGAAUGGAAAACAAUGAAUUUAAGGAAGGUGCAAUGGAGUUGUUGGGAAGUUUGCUAAGUGCCAAGGAGUGUCAUAUUCAGACCCUCAGUCUUGCAGAUAACUCAAUAAGCAGUAAAGGAAUCAAACCGCUCAGUCGAGCUUUACUCGUCAACCGGACCCUCACAGCUCUCGAUCUCCGUGGCAACAACAUCAGUGCCAAGGGAGCAAAGACAUUGUGUGAGGCCCUAAAAAUGAACCAGGUCCUUGUCUCAGUAAAUCUGCAGAGUAAUCAUAUUGAGGAUGAAGGUGCCCGUGCGCUGGCCGACGUUCUUCAGUCUAACCGAAAGCUCACCACACUGAAUGUUCAGAAGAACGGCAUCGGACCAGAUGGAGUGAAAAGAAUCGCAGAUGCGCUCACAAAGAAUCAAACCCUAAAGGAAAUAAAUGUAUCCAGCAAUCAUUUGGGUGAUUUGGGAACAGUGGCUCUGGCUCAAGCUCUUAUAUUCAACCAUUCAGUCCACACACUCAGUCUCCAGAGUAACUCUGUUAGCGACAGAGGAAUUCAAGCUCUCUCACAUGCUCUUCAAUCAAACCGAGGACUCAGCAGUCUGAAUCUAAGGGAGAAUUCCAUAGGAGUUUCAGGUGCCAAAGACAUCGCCAAAGCCUUAAAAGUCAACACCUGUCUCAGAGAACUUGAUCUGACAGCUAAUCUUCUUCAUGAUGAGGGGGUGACAGCCAUAGCUGAAGCCAUGAGGGUCAACAGAGCGAUCACUUCAUUACAUCUCCAGUGGAACUUCCUGAAGGCUGGAGCGGCUAAAGCUUUAUCACAGUCUCUCAUGAGCAACACCUGUAUUCAGCUGCUGGAUCUGCAGGAGAACACUCUGGGAGAUAAUGGUGUCAUUUCACUGGCCAGUGCACUGAAGACAAACUCCUCUCUCAAGACCCUCUAUCUUCAGGGUGUAUCUGCAGGUAAAGCAGGGGCCGUGGCGCUGGCUGAUGCUCUAGUGGUCAAUGAAACCCUUCAUACACUAGAUCUUCGUGGCAACUCCAUUGGGAUGGAGGGAGCUAAGGCAUUUUCCAGCGCUCUGAAGAUUAACAGGAGUUUGAGAAGUCUCAAUCUACAGGAGAAUUCUCUGGGGAUGGAUGGAGCGAUCUUCAUCGCCACAGCUUUGAGAGGGAACCAUCAACUCACCUACAUUAAUCUCCAGGGCAACGGCAUUGGUGAGUCAGGGGCAAAGGUCAUCUCCGACGCCAUCAAAGCUGGUGCAUCAGAGUGUGUGGUGGACAUCUAGCAUGCACACAUACUCUCAACAAAGCAAACAUUGUAAAAUGUAAAUUAAUGUAUAUAUUUAUUCCAUGUAAUAAUGUCUAUUUGAUUUUUAUGGUACUGACAGAGAUUUUAUAUUAAUAAAAGACAAUUACAACUAUUUUAA